AGGGACAGAUAGGUAUCUGUAGCAGGUUAUGUUCAUCUGAGACUUCGGGGAUUGCCUGGUGUCACUAAGCGUCUGCUGGUGCUGGAGGUGGCUGUCUGCCUUCUUGCCAUGUCUAACGAAGUAGAAACGAGCACAACUAAUGGUCAGCCUGACCAACAGGCUGCACCAAAAGCACCAUCGAAGAAGGAAAAAAAAGGCUCUGAAAAGACAGAUGAGCAUCCUUUGGCCAGAUUCAAAGGUGAUGGUGUAAAAUACAAGGCCAAGCUGAUUGGCAUUGAUGAUGUGCAUGAUGCAAGAGGGGAUAAAAUGAGCCAAGAUUCUAUGAUGAAACUAAAGGGAAUGGCGGCAGCUGGCUGGUCUCAAGGACAACACAAACAAAGGAUCUGGGUCAACAUUUCCCUUUCUGGGAUAAAAAUAAUUGAUGAGAACACUGGGAUAAUAGAGCAUGAACACCCAGUAAAUAAAAUUUCUUUCGUUGCCCGUGAUGUGACAGACAACCAGGCGUUUGGUUAUGUGUGUGGAGGAGAAGGCCAGCAUCAGUUUUUUGUCAUAAAAACAGGACAACAGGCUGAGCCAUUAGUUGUUGAUCUUAAAGACCUCUUUCAAGUUAUCUACAAUGUAAAGAAAAAGGAAGAAGAAAAGAAAAAGAUGGAAGAAGCCAACAAGGCACUAGAGAACAGGAGUGAGACCCUACUGACCCUUGAUGACCAAGCUAACAAACUAAAAUUGGGUGUUGACCAGAUGGAUUUGUUUGGGGACAUGUCUACACCUCCUGACCUAAAUAGUCCAGCAGAAAACAAAGAUAUCCUGUUAGUGGAUCUAAACUCUGAAAUCGACACCAAGCAGAAUUCUUUAAGAGAAAAUCCAUUCUUAACAAAUGGCAUUACCUCCUGCUCUCUUCCUCGACCAAAGCCUCAGGCAGCUUUCUUGCCUGAAAAUGCCUUUUCUGCCAAUCUCAACUUCUUUCCCACCCCUAAUCCUGAUCCUUUCCAUGACGAUCCUUUUGCACAGCCAGACCAAUCGACACCCUCUUCAUUUGAUUCUCUCAAAUCUUCAGAUCAGAAGAAACAGAAUUUGAGUAGUUUGUCUACUCCACUGAGUAACAGGCCCCUGAAUGGGGAUGUUAACUACUUUGGUCAGCAGUUUGACCAAAUCUCUAACCUGACUGGCAAACAGGAAGCUCAGGCAGGUCUGUGGCCCUUUUCAAGUACACAAACACAGCCAGCAGUGAGAACUCAAAAUGGGAUAUCUGAAAGAGAACAGAACGGCUUCCAUGUCAAAUCCUCCAUGAAGCCUUUUGUGGGAAGCCCUCCCAAAGGACUGUCCAUACCGAAUGGCGUAAAGCAGGACUUGGAAAGCUCUGUCCAGUCCUCACCACAUGACCCUAUAGCCAUUAUCCCACUUCCACAAAGUACCAAACCAGGACUAACCAGUACCAGCAGAAGGACUGCUAAGUCUCCAGCAAAAGACUUGCUUGCAUCAGACAUCUUUACUCCUCCCAUCUCAGAACUUCCCAGCCAGACAUCACCUACAGGACAAUCUGCAACCCUACAGACCAACCCUCUGGAUCUCUUUAAAACAAAUGCUUCUACCCCAGUGGGACCCCUUGCGGGUUUAGGUGGUAUACCAGUUAGCACCCCCCACCCCCCGCCCCAGGCAGGACCAUGGAAUCCAACAUCUUUAGUCUUCAAUCAGUCCGUGUCAGUGGUACCGGGAGCCACAAUGAGUGGUCAGCCUUCAGGAUUCAGUCAGCCAGUUGUUUUUACCAAAAGCCCAGCUGUUCCAAGUUGGAAGUAGCCUUUCUUUGCAGCUUUAACUCCCCGUCCAGGCCCUGUUGUUUGGGGCCCAUCAGCCUCUGUGGCACCCAAUACUUGGUCACCAACAAGCCCUUUGGGGAACCCUUUCCAGAGCAAUAUUUUUCCAACUUCUACUAUGUCUGCCCAGUCCCCUCCUAUGCUCUCCUCUCUCCUGGUCACUCCUCCUCAACCACCUCCCAGAACUGGCCCUCCAAAGGACACCUCCAGUGAUGCCUUCACUGCCUUGGACCCACUUGGGGAUAAAGAAGUCAAAGAAGUGAAAGAAAUGUUUAAGGACUUUCAACUUCAGCAGCCACCUGCUGUGCCUGCAAGGAAGGGAGAGCAGACUUCCUCUGGGACUUCAAGUGCCUUCUCCAGUUAUUUUAAGAGCAAAGUUGGCAUUCCUCAGGAGAAUGCAGACCAUGAUGACUUUGAUGCUAAUCAACUGUUGAAAAAGACCAAUGAACCACCAAAGCCAGUUCCCAGACAGGAUUCCCUGCCAGUUACCAAAUCUGCUGACAAUGCAUUUGAGAACCCUUUCUCUAAAGAUUCUUUCAGUUCAUCGCAAACCUCUAUGGCUUCUCAACCCACAUCUCCUGAUGUAUAUAGGGAUCCUUUUGGAAAUCCUUUUGCCUAACUUCUGAACUUGAUAUGCUGACUCUCCAGAGGAAGAAAAAUUUUGGCCUUUUUG